CAAAGAAUCACUGAACAAAUCAGUGAACUGGUACAAAAGACUCGAGUCACUGAGAUGAAUCAAACGCCUCAGCGCUACUCGGCAUAAGCAGACAGAAUGGUUUUGGAUAAUCCUCGUAUAUCAUCAGCACUCAGCAACGCGCAUACGUCACCCAUCUCUUCUCUUGCAGACCCAUGGACUGAACCAGCAGCACCAGCACUGACAGCACCGUCGCAUCCUACUGAAGUAGCCUAUUAACUGCAGAGACAAAGCUGCAUAGCCUUGACCAUUAGGAAAACGUCCAGCCUAAAACAGGCACUGCUAUGUUGAAACGCAUUAGAUAUGACUGAUGUCGAGGUGACAUAUGAAGACUUCAUCGCCUCUGGAAGGACCGGCAGACGCAAUGCUGUACACGACAUCCUGGGAACCUCCGGCAGCCUGGACGCUAGCAGACUCUCCCAAACUCUGUCUGAGCUCAAUAUCAGCAAAGCAGAGGCAGGGAAUGAUGAAGAAAAAAGCCAGAGCGUGGCAAACUCCAAACCAAAGCAGGAAGAAGGCAAAGGGGAAGGUACAUAAAGGACCUCAGUGACAGAAUCAGGAAAUACCCCCUCUAGUGGCCGAUUUUAAAACUGAGCUUGGAGGGGUUGACCCUUAAAAAAAAAAAAAAAAACAGAGCAUCCCUCUCCUUUAAGGAUCCGGAUGGAGGAGACUUUGCUUUGAGGAAGUUACUGUGAAAGGCUGGGCCUUAAGAAUCACAGCACUGCUGUUUUUGACAGCAAAUGCUGCUUUAGCUGAUGUAGGUUUUUACUUUUUUACUUAGAAAUUCACUCAAGUUGUUUGGUACUUAGAGCGACUGGUGGGAAUUUGGGUCAGAAGUAAUUUUAUUAGAAUGGUGAAGAUGCUCCUUGGAGAUCUCAUGGAUCUUAUUUGGAAUGACACCCACUGAACUCAUGAUGUCGGAUUCACCAAUUAACUGCCAGAGAAGCACUGCUAAUACACACUCAAUAUACCCUUAUUUUAUACGUGUAGUGAUGUAAUAGUAAUAUCAGAUUUUGAUAUUAAAUUGUGCUGUCUUUGAUAUCAAGUUGAUAUUCACAUAAUAUAAGUGCUUCACUUUUGUUAAACACCCACUGAAUUCAGAUAAAACUGUCUAUGACGGUCGUGCAUGGCACUGCUCCUGACAGAAUACCUGUGUGAUUAUGAAAUCUAGCGUUGUUUGAAGUCUCACUGACACUGCCUAUUAACCCUUUUGAAAAUGUGUUCAGUAGAGUUUGCCUUACCUGAACUCUGCCCAUAUUUUGUCUUCCAGUCAUUAGCUCUUAUGUACUCAAUUUUGCAUAAAUAUAUUUGAUGAUGUU